AUGGACGCCUCACCCCAGGCGGGCUCGAGCAGUGUCACCGUCGAAUACACCGAUCCAUCGGGCCUCUUCCCCUUCGUUCACCCUGUGAUCGAGGGCAAGCUCCCGCUCAAAAAUCUCCACUGGAAAUCGCCCACCCGCCCCGUCCGCUCCAUCGAGUCCCUCCGCAUCGGCUUCACACCCGCCCAGCAUGGGCCCGGCGAGCGCAAGCCGUCCAGCGACGCCGCAGCCACCGCGGCUGCCGUCCCGCACCGCCGCCACCAGAUCCCCGGCCUCCGGCAAACGCCGUACCUGAAGAUCUACCUGCUCCGCUGCGACGACAACGAGACGUACAAGGCAAGCGCCCGCAAGGCGCUACGCGACUGGAUCAAGACGCAGGCCGCGAUGCCGCAGGCCAGCGGCGGCGCGGGCGCGCUCAGCACGCAGGAGAAACACGAUGCGUUCGAGUGGCUGAUCGUGCACGUGGUGCAGGACGGCGAGGGCGCGGAGCGCGCGGCGCCGGCGUCGAAAUGGGGCCGCGGGUCGACGACGGUGCUGGAGAAGAUCCGCGCGGACUUCAACGGGUCGUCGAAGACGGCGGUGGAUCGGGUUGCGCAGCUGCGGCUGCCGCGCGCGGGCGCGGCGCAGCGCCCGCCAGCCGAGCUGGGUGAGCAAGUCGAGGAUUUCGUCGAGAAGAUGAAGAAUGCGAUUCUGGCGUCGUUUGAUCUGCGGGUGGCGCAGUAUGAAGAGGAUAUCAAGGAGAAGGACUCGCAGCGGAGUCUGCCCGGUUGGAACUUUUGCACGUUUUUCAUCCUCAAGGAGGGGCUGGCUAGGGGGUUUGAGAAUGUGGGUUUGUUUGAGGAUGCGCUGGUCGGGUAUGAUGAACUUUCGGUCGGUUUGGAUAUGGCCGUGCGGGAGCAGCUUCAGGGUACCGGUGACCAGCAUGGCGGUGCGUUUCUCACUUUCACCAAAGACUGGCAGGAGAAGGCGAAGCAGGCUCUAGAGGAGACAGGCUCAGUAUCCAAGGAGGAGGGAGAGGAGAAACCCGAGGUAAUCGCGGAGAUUGAUCCCAAGGACUUUCCUCUUGACUCGGAUCGGAAAGUGUAUCGGGAGAUGAUCCUUGGAAGUCACAUCUCCAUCUUCGAUUUCCGCAGUUAUGUUUUUUCCCGCCAGUUAACACUCCUCCUAAGGGCAGCCAGGGCACCGUCGAUGGUUGCCGCGGAGACUGGCGCAGGCCAGAAGGAGAAGAAGGACAAGAAGCCCGAGGAUCUGCUGCUUCUCUCCGAACUUUGCGAAAGGGCCGCCGAGUUCAUUACUCUGGCUGCACGAAAUCUCAGAUUCGACCUCGAGUCCGGCCUAGCGGACGUGGAUCACCCCUCCAAGCCGAGUGUCAUCAACAAUAUGGUGUCCUCUUGGGCAUAUGCCGCUGCCCUACAGAUUUUGACUCAGACAUACACAUCCAGCCUCACGUUGCCGGAGUCUUCUUUGCACGCCAUCAGCAAAAGUGCCGCGGCGGCCGCUGAGCCCAGGCUUGAUGUCCCUAGGCGGUCCAGCUCAUUGAUUUCUGGAUCGGCAAAUCGACCUAUGGAAACUCUGUCACCCGAUACACCCGCUGGCGUUCCUCGCUCGGGUCAUGAACAACCGAGGCCUACACCAGUUGUGACUCCUAAGACAGGUUCUGAGCAGUUGGCAUCUGGACGGGGCGAGUUGCUGUCACUUGCACGGCGACUGUUGGAAGAAAUUGCCAGCAGGUGUGGCUGGCGGGAGAAAUGGAAAGAUCUUGGGCUGCUUUUCGACGAUCAGGGUGGAAACGAAGGCGAGAUGACCGAAGUGUCGCUGGACGCCGAGACAGAGGACAAGCCAAAGGAGGAGUCUCCUGUACCGCAGACUCUCGCUGGCAUUGCGCUGCCCGAACUGAAGGCUGCUCUUCGAUCGCGAGAGGCCUUCCGCUCCCAUUACGAGGAACUGACAGACCUCAUCUAUCGACAUUAUAUCAUGGCCAACCGCGCGUAUUCAGCCCAGGCGGCUUUAGCGGACACGGCUCUCCUACGAUACCGACAGAAUGACUACAGUGCUGCUGCGUCUUAUUUCCACCAGAUCGUACCAUUUUACGGCAACAAGAAUUGGAUUCUCCUGGAAGGCAUUAUGCUGGAGAUGUACGCCAGAUGCUUAGAGGAGCUCAAGCGGAGCGAGGAAUACGUCCGCAUGAUGCUCCGACUGCUUGCCAAAUUCGCCGUGCACACACACUCCCGCUUGACUAUCCGACAGAAGUCACUCGAUGCGUCUCACAUUUUCACCGACCAGAGCCCUGUCUCGCAGUACGUGGACAAGCUGUUCGCCGCCUCCGGCACCCUACAGAAAGAGGUAUCGGCUUCUUUCGCGGAUUUCUUUGCCGAUUUGGACGUUACGCCCACCAUCCUGCAUUAUGCGGACAAGGAUGGCUUCCAGAUGCAGCUGAGCCUGCGGUUUCUACUGGGAAAGAGGAUCGAGGUCGAUUCAAUCAAGGUGCGGCUAGUCAGCGCGAGCGGGUCUCAGAGUAAUGAGCACUGGAUAGAGACUUCCAACAAGGCAGUUGUCAAGUCGUCACCCACAAGGCUAUUAAUUGACUCUUCGGUUACGCUACAAGGAAAGUAUUUUGUGGAUCGGCUGGAGGUGCGCGCUGGAAAUAUUGUGUUUGCCUUUAGCGGUGGGAACCAUUCUGCUCUCCCACUUGGGUUCAGAGAAGCUGCCGACUCUGAGGAUGUUGAUGAUCGGCCGUAUAUCUACUGCUUCCCGCCACCGGAAGGACUCGAGGCUAAGAUCACGUCUCCGCAUCUUGUCAAUCUGGAGGAGAUGCGCACACUCGAGGUGGAGCUUCAUAGUGGGUGGAAUGAUAUCCAAAAGGGUACCAUACGGGUGAGGCCUGCUACUGCCGGUCUGCGGCUGAGAGUGGCCGAGGCCGAGGUGGUGGACGGAAAGAUCAGCAUCUCUACACAUGGCGAAUCUGGAAGCAUUGAGAUUGCUAGGCUGGAGCCUCGGUCGCUUCUGCGGCUCCGGAUCCCAUAUACGGUCGAGGAAGUGCACCCGAUGCUGUCUGCGCGGGCAGAGGUGGUCUACGAGACAAGCAGCGGACGCUUCUCCUACUCCUCCGCGCACAGCAUCGUUUCGGCGCUGCCGAUCAGCGUCAACGUGCAGGACGUGUUCAAGGACCAGGUCCUCUUCUCUCGGUUCACCGUCAGCCCGGCGAUGAUGAUCCCGCUCCGGAUCUUGAACUGCAGUAUCCCCAGCUCUGACGUGUACCGGGUGCAAUCGAACCUCAAGGGAUCAGUCGCCAUGAACGUCUUCCCAAAGCAGCCUGCAUCUCUCUUGUACAAGAUCCAGCAGCGGGAGGACAGUGUCAUGUCGCCGGGGUCGAGGCGCUCCCUGCGCUUGAGUGUCGAGUUUACCUGCGUGGACGAUGAAUGUUUGGAUGCUGUGGAAUCGAGGUUCCGGACCAGCAUUGUUGCGAGUGAAUUCUGUCAGUAUACGACACUGCUCACGUCUCAUAUCGUGCAAGCAUUCCGCACACGGCUGUCGACGGCAGACAUGGAGGUGAUCGGGCUGAUCCGGGAGCUGGAGACACUGCCGUACAGUAGUGUCGGAUGGGAAGGGUUGCUCAGCGCGCUCAAGGAGUCAGCAGAGGGACUGAGGGCCUGGCUCUUGGAAUGGCACCAGAAUAACCCCAUCAUCUCCUUGCCGACACAGCCGAUUAACCCCAGCCGCCGGAUCGUGAUCCCAGUCGACAUCCCAGAGAUCCAGGUGCUGCAUACCGCGGAGCUGCGGCUCAAGGGCCUGGCGGAUCAGCCGCGACACGCGGCGGUGGGUCAGAUGAUCGCAGCCGAGCUCACCCUUCGUCACACGCGGCGAUGGAGCUCGCCGGAGCACCGGGAGCAUGCCAGCAGCGCGCUCGAGUUCUCCUACGAGAUCCACGCCAACCCGGAGAUGUGGCUCGUGGGUGGUCGCCGACGAGGGAACUUUGUUGCUCUGGAGAACGAAACGAAGACGUUUGCCGUGAUGCUGCUGCCGCAGAAGGCGGGCCAUCUCCUUCUGCCGGGGCUGGAGAUCCGCAGUUUCGUCCCCACAGCGACCACCACGCCCAACCAGCCCGGAAAUCCGGCGCCGGCGUUACAGCGGCGGCAGAUCCCCUGCGAGGUGGAUUACCGCAAUCACGGGGAGACGGUGAUGGUGUUGCCUGACCUGCGGCAGACGACGGUGAGUCUGAACCCGGCGGGGGGAGGGGGGGAUGGCGGGGCGUGGUUGAUUGAUUCGGAGCGGCGAAGGGAGGUGGAUGUAUAA